CCAAUAUGCUAUCGACGAAUGGCUCGGUCACAGCGAAUGCAAGCGUGCCUGAGGAGGCCAAGGCGCUACCGAAGUGCAUUUACGACGUGAUGCAGCUCCUGGACCAAGUGCUUCGCGUGGAGAUCACUGACGGACGCAUCCUUGUGGGUCUAUUCCACUGCCUCGACAAGGACAAGAACCUCAUUCUCACCGAAACGACCGAGUACCGAUAUGCCAACAACCAUGUCAAACAAGACGACUCCCCCACGCCGUCCGUUCGAUCCCUUGGGAUGACACUCAUCCCUGGUCGGCAUGUUCUGAAAGUCAGUCGACAGGCCACCCCGCCUUCCUCUUAGUCACAUGUCCCGUCCAUCGAUAGCGACACGUACAUAACCUUCCGAGGCGACAAUGCAAUCUAUAGCGUUAGAACAAUACAGUAUAAUACCACACGUCGGGCUUAUCAUGCAGUCGAGUUAUCCCGCGAACCAAGUCUCUAUAACCAACCUACUGUUCCGGAAUCCCCUUGAUGAGGGCAUGUUCGUCGCAAACGCAGUC